UCUAACAACUACUCAUCAUCCCCUCUGUGGCCCUAAAAUAGGUCACAGCUGUAAUUAUGGCUUCACCUUCAUCCCAGAGGCUCUGGGUGGGGAUGUUGGUGGUCACCGUGGUGAUGACCAAUCUUCCAGGAGCGAUGCAGAAGUGCAUCUUUGACGAGGUUCAGGUCCAGAACAGGGUGGUCCGAGCUGCAGGCAGCCCACACACGGAGCCAGGACCCAGGAGGGCAUCACCUCAGCGAAGGAGAAAUAUAGCCCCGCCCACUCCUGCCUCCCCACAGCCAAUCAGGAUCCAGACCUGGAUUCCAAAAGAGAGCAGCAGCCUAUCAGAGGCUGAGAGAGAGAGGAUGGAGGCAGCGGUGGAGGAGGCUGUGAACAUGGUUUCUUCUUUACUGUCAGUGGAGCGAGCUCCUGGCCCAUUGCUUCUCAGCAGAGACAUCAAUAAAUACUGCAAGUUUCUCUGGAGGAAUUCAAGCACUGCAAACUACAACAGGUGUGGUCGAGCGAACAACAGCUACAGAUCUGAGACAUGUCUGGAUGUGACCAUCCCAGAUGAUCACCUGGCUGGAUGUGAUAUUUACACGGAGGCUGAUUCACCUCGCAGGACUGAGCUCCGUCCUGACGGUGCUGGACUCCAGGACACCGACUUCCUGCUGUACCUCCACAUACAGGCCACCGACAAGUGUCGAGCGGAGCCUAAUGUGUUGGCCUACGCUGUCCACUGUCAGACGGACACCAGUGGACGUCCCGUAGCCGGGGUGGCGGUCAUCUGCAGGGACAGACUGACAGGAGCCGCAUACAGCCACCAGGCUACUGUACAAACGGUGAUCCACGAGCUGUUUCACACACUCGGUUUCUCUAAAGAGCUCCUCCGAACCUGGAGAGACUGUUCCUCCACGUCUCAAGCGUGUUCUCCUCGAGGCAAAGUGACCCACUCUGAUGGAUUUGGCCAGAUGAGGAUUUACACCCCAUCCGUCAUCUCGGCCCUGCAGACACACCUGGCAUCCGCUGACCCCGAGCUCGGGGGGCCGCUGGAGAACCAGGAUGUUCGUCCGGGCAGAGUGUCCUCUCACUGGGAGUCUCGCGUCCUGCAGGGCUCCAUCAUGGCGGCGGUGCUGGGGGACUCGUCCACAGUCCGGAUCGACCCGGUCACCUUAGCAGCAUUACAGGACACAGGCUGGUACACUGUGGACCUGAGCCGGGCGCAGAGUCUUGUGUGGGGAGACGGUGAAGGAGCUACGUUUGGCUCUCUGUCAACCUGUCAGAACAAAUCCUCAUUUUUCUGCACUGGCAGUGGAUUUGGGUGUCAUCAUCUUCACCUCCACAAGGGGGAGUGCCAGACAGACCAGCACCUGGACGGGUGUCGGGUGUUUAAACCGCUCAAGAAUGGAAGUGAAUGUUGGAAAGAGGGAAACAGCAGACGGUCUGCUGAAGAGGAGAGUGGAGAGAUUUUUGGUUUUCACAGCCGCUGCUUCUUCUCGAACCUGACCAGACAGAACCGGAGUGAAUUUUUUUUGGACAGCGGUUCUGUGGAGGGACGCUGUUUCAGACACAGGUGCACUGGACACAACAGAUACCAAAUCCAGGUUUUUGGCUCAGACUGGGUGGACUGUCCAGCAGGAGGCGCCAUUCAGAUAAAAGGAUACCAGGGUUUGGUUCACUGCCCUGACAGGAAGUUAUGUGUGUACGCUGACGUUACUCCUCCUUCAGAAUAUAUCUCUUCAUUUCCUGCUUCUAUCACAAGUGAGAGUUUAACCUCAGUGCCAAACGGGACGUGGUGGACCCUCAGACCUCCUGCGGAGCUCUCUGCAGCCUCAGCGCUCUGCGUCACUGCUGCUGUGUGUCUCCUGGCUGCAGCUGUGGUGACUUUCAGAAAACGUUGCUCCUGCAGGAUCAGAGUCCACUCUGCCCCGGAGGAUCACGCUGAUCCGGAGAGACGUCUGCCUUGGUGCUACACCACUGGAGCAAAUUUUGGAAUAUGAGCCAUCCUGAC